AUGUCGUACCUAAUGGAAUUAAUCCAUUUGCUGAUAGGGGCCUUCACUAUCUAUCUAUCUAUCUAUCUAUCUAUCUAUCUAUCUAUCUAUCUAUCUAUCCCAGCGGUUCAUAUAUCUCUAUCUCUCUAUCUAUCUAUUUAUCUAUCUCAGUCUAUUAAAAUCUAUCUAUCUAUCUAUCUAUCUAUCACAGGCUGUCCAUAUCUAUCUAUCUAUCUAUCUAUCUAUCUAUCUAUCUAUCUAUCUCAGUCAGUUCAUAUCUAUCUAUCUAUCUAUCUAUCUAUCUCAGUCUGUUCAUAUCUAUCUCUCUCAGUUUGUUUAUAUCUAUCUCAAUCUGUUCAUAUCUAUCUCUCUCAGUCAGUUCAUAUCUAUCUAUCUAUCUAUCUAUCUAUCUAUCUAUCUAUCACAGGCUGUUCAUAUCUAUCUAUCUAUCUAUCUAUCUAUCUAUCUAUCUAUCUAUCUAUCUAUCUCCUCGUCUAUUCGUAUCUAUCUAUCUAUCUAUCUAUCUAUCUGAAGCUGUUCAUUUUCUAUCUAUUUCAGUGUGUUCACAUCUAUCUAUCUAUCUAUCUAUCUAUCUAUCUAUCUAUCUAUCUCAAUAUCUGUCUGUCUAUCUAUCUAUCUAUCUAUAUAUCUGAAGCUGUUCAUUUUCUAUCUAUUUCAGUGUGUUCACAUCUAUCUAUCUAUCUAUCUAUCUAUCUAUCUAUCUAUCAUCUAUCUAUCUAUCUAUCUCAGUCUAUGCACUAUCUAUCUAUCUAUCUAUCUAUCUAUCUAGUUAUUUAUCUAUCUGUCUGUCUGUCUGUCUGUCUAUCUAUAUAUCUAUCUAUCUCAAGCUGUUCAUUUUCUAUCUAUUUCAGUGUGUUCACAUCUAUCUAUCUAUCUAUCUAUCUAUCUAUCUAUCUAUCUCAUGUGUUCACAUCUAUCUAUCUAUCUAUCUAUCUAUCUAUCUAUCUAUCUAUCUAUCUAUCUCAGUCUAUGCACUAUCUAUCUAUCUAUCUAUCUAGUUAUUUAUCUAUCUGUCUGUCUGUCUAUCUAUCUAUCUAUCUCAAGCUACUCAUAUAUUUCUACAUCGGCUUCUUAUACUUACUUACAUACAUAGUUAUCUAUCUAUCUAUCUAUCUAUCUAUCUAUCUAUCUAUCUAUCUAUCUCUCUAUAUAUAUAUAUAG